AUGCGCGCUGCUGCCCGGGGCGCCUGUCGAUCGCUGUCCACCGCUGCGCCGCCUCCGCCCCUGUCGAUGGCCGAUAAGGUGCGGGCAUUUGGCUCCCUCCUCGGAACUGGCUUGGCCAGUGGCGCUCUUGGCGGGCUGGUUGGGCUUGGGGCCCAUGGUUCCCCCAUUAUGGUCCCUGCUCUCAAGUCGAUGGCAAAGCACUCGACAGCCACGGCGACGGGCACCGCUGCUGUGGCAGUCGUCUCCACCGGCCUCGCGGGGUGCCUUGGAUUUGCGACGGCGGGGAGCUUUGAGCCAUCCAAGGGCAUGUUUGGGAAGAUCGAGGUCUUCACCGCCGUGAUGACUGGAGUGGGCGCGGCGAUCGGCUCGCGCAUCGGCACACCCCUCGCUUCCAAGCUGAACCCACAGCUGCUGCAGCGCUCCUUCGGCGUCGUGCAGCUGGUUCUUGCGCCGCUCGUACUGUACAAACCGAUCUACGACAAGCGGGUCAAGGAGGAGGCGGAGCAGCGGAAGAAGCUGCUCCGCAAGUCGACCACUGUCAUCUCCUGGGGGAAGACAUAUACCGACGCGUACACCACCGUCGGGCGCUUCGCGGAGGCGGCAGGCAGGUCGCCGCCCAUUGGCCUCGCCGCGGGCACCAUCUUUGGCGUCCUCGGCGUCGGCGGCGGCGUCGUUAUUGCGCCAUGCCUCUGCCUCCUCACCAACCUCGACCACGCGACGGUGCUCGGCACCACUCUCGCAGCAAUGCUCCCGGCCAGCGCCAUGACCGCCCUCUCGCACUGGCGCGCGGGCAGCGUGUGCAUGUACAGCGCCGUCCCCCUGGUGCUCGCCACGGCGGCGGGCGGCUACUACGGGUCGAAGCUUGCCGUCGACCUGCCCGAGGAGCAGACAAAGACGCUCUUCGCCGCGACGAUCUUUGGACUCGGCGUGCGCCGCCUCAUGCUGUAG